CCCUUUCCCAGGGAGCCCCGCUCCAUACACCCCGGCCGGCCGAGCAUGCAGGCAGCCCGGCAGGCUGCUCCCGGCCACGCACGGGGCAUGUGGCCCGCCCCGCCAGGGAUACGCCGAUCGCCUCCUUCCUUUCCCCGUUUCUUGAAUGAACAGCGAGGUGGAGCUCUCGGGAUCCCGCCCCUCCUGCGCGGGCCUCUCCCGGCCCGUCUCCUCCCCGCCACUGGGCUCCGCUCCGCCUCCCUCCUCCUCUUGCCGCCGCGCUGUGCCUGUGCUUCCCCGGCCGCCACAGCGACGCGGAACGGACUGGCGCUCCAGCAGCACCACUGCAGACAGACUAGGGGGCUGCUCUGCCGGGCGGCUGGCAAGGCUGCCGGUGCUGGGGCGGGAAAAGGGAGCGGGGAACAACUUCCUAGCUGCGGUCCUAAUUUGUAUGAAUAAUAUUCCACACACGCCCCCAUCCUCUUCCCUCCUCUGCACAGUGGGGGUUUCUUCCUUUUUUAUACAAACAAAGCUGCUUUGGGAAGGCAUUUGCUCCCGGGAGUUCAGGCAACCGCCACAAUUUUGAUGCUCCCUUUUUGAGUGUGUGGGUGUACGUGUGUGUGUGGGAGCGCUGGGCUGCACCUAGGGAUCAGCCUCUGAAUGAAACUACAUGUAUUCAAUUGCAUGUGUCUGUACCUUGCACUGGAGGGGAAAGCACAGCAGCACUUCUGCAAGAGCUUGGAGUCAAAGGUGUGUUUCAUCUGCUCUUCACAAUUUUGUUUUUUGUUUUGGGUUGUUCUUUUUCCUGGGCUCUGAGGCUGGAUAUUCUGAGCUUUGACAUGUCUUUGGAGAGGUCUGUUUAACAGAAGGCGGGGAAAUAUUUUUUGAAAUCCUUAGGGUUUUGUUUUUGUCCCUUUCCUGUCCCCUUGGUGAUUUGAUCUUGUGAAGCAUCAAAGCAGCCAGAACUUAAUGUGUCUGAAGACUUCUGAUUUUUUUAAAGGAAACUUGACAGAGGAACAUAUUUAUAGUUCAAGUAAGUACUUUUCACAGCAAAUUUACAUUGUGUAAUUAAAAAAAAAACAGUGUUGAGAUUUUUUAGUUUAAAGUGUAUUGGAUUAAUAUUCAUCCAAGGCUGUUGAACAAAUCAGUUUGAAUUGCAGUUUUUGCAGUCUAUGUUCUUCAACUCCUUCAUUCACAUGUGCUUGUUCAGCACCUUGGGGAACGUAUGCACCUUGUUUUGAAUAAGUAUGAGAUAUUUUUUUUAAAAAAUGUAUUUCAGCAUCAAGAAGAAAAUGUUUCUAAAAUAAGUAUAUAAUAAGUAAACAUGUGCUUCUGGAAAUAAAAUACACGUGCAUCCAAACCGAGAAGUCGAAAGUACCUCUGAGACCUCAGAGCUACCAUCAUGAAUGAAACCACAUCAAAUACAAUAACUGGAUUAUAAUUUUUGGUAUUAUUGUUAUUGGCUACUUUACUUUUUUGGGUUCAUUCUUCUCCUCUUCUUCCUCUCUCCUUCGUCCUUGUUGGAAAUUAUGGCUCAUCCUGGGAGAAGAGGCUAUGAUAACCGGGAGAUAGUGUUGAAGUACAUCCAUUACAAACUGUCACAGAGGGGGUAUGAUUGGGCUGCCAAUGAAAACAGAGGACCAGUUUCUUCAAGUCUCUCUCCUCCUGCUGCUGGGACCCCAUCUGACCAUGCUGGGCUGGUGUCUUUGCCGCCUGAACCCCCUGGUUCGGCUGCUGCUAGUAAUGUGCCCCUUGGUGAUGGGCUGCGCUCAGCACCACAGGCUGUUCACUUGACUCUGUGCCAAGCCGGAGAUGAAUUUUCCCGCCGCUAUCACAGAGAUUUUGCCCAGAUGUCUGGGCAGCUGCACUUGACCCCAUUCACGGCCAGGGGGCGCUUUGUGGCGGUGGUGGAGGAGCUAUUCCGAGAUGGGAUUAACUGGGGAAGGAUCGUGGCCUUCUUUGAAUUUGGUGGCGUGAUGUGUGUGGAGAGUGUCAACCGGGAGAUGUCGCCUCUUGUGGACAGUAUUGCUGUGUGGAUGACUGAGUACCUGAACAGACACUUGCACAACUGGAUCCAGGACAAUGGAGGUUGGGAUGCCUUUGUGGAAUUGUAUGGCAGCAACAUGAGGCCUUUGUUUGAUUUCUCCUGGAUCUCUUUGAAGACUAUCCUCAGUCUUGCUCUGGUGGGAGCUUGCAUCACCCUUGGAGCUUAUCUGGGACAUAAGUGAAGUCAACCGCCUAACCAUGGAUUACAAAAGUCUUGCGAAACAAUAAAAUAAUAUGUUUUUCCAAUAGCACAAUUAUAUUAGUUUUAUGAGCAGAAAUUCCUGGCUAAAUAUAAAUCAGCUAUUACUGCCAAAGGGAGGUAUCAUUUAUUUUUUACAUUGCAGGAAAUAAAGUUAUUUAUUAAAGAUAUUUACAUUUAACUUGCUAUUUUCAGAAACUCUACAAACAAUUUAUAUCCUAGUAUCACAUAAUAUUGUUAUUAAUUUUAAUGAGCCCCAAAAACCUUGAGCUUUUUUUUUUUAAAAAAAUAAUGCAGCUGGGUGAUUUAAAUAUACUGACAAAGACCUACCU